AGGAACUUUCCAGAACGCUCGGUGAGGGGUGGAGGAGCGGCGGCUGCCCGGGCUGCACACAGUUACGCGCUCCUUCCCACUCCCUCACAACGACCCCAGCCCGCUCACCGGCUGUAGAAAAUGGUGAAAGAAACCACUUACUAUGAUGUUUUGGGGGUCAAACCCAGUGCCACCCAGGAAGAAUUAAAAAAGGCUUAUAGAAAACUGGCUUUGAAGUACCACCCUGAUAAGAAUCCAAAUGAAGGUGAAAAGUUUAAACAGAUUUCUCAAGCUUAUGAAGUUCUCUCUGAUGCCAAGAAAAGGGAAUUAUAUGACAAAGGAGGAGAACAGGCAAUUAAGGAGGGUGGAGCAGGUGGUGGUUUUGGCUCCCUAAUGGACACCUUUGAUAUGUUUUUUGGAGGAGGAGGAAGGAUGCAGAGAGAAAGGAGAGGUAAAAACGUUGUGCACCAGCUCUCAGUAACAUUAGAAGAUUUAUAUAAUGGUGCAACAAGAAAACUGGCUCUGCAAAAGAAUGUGAUUUGUGACAAAUGUGAAGGCCGAGGUGGUAAGAAAGGAGCAGUAGAGUGCUGUCCCAACGGCCGAGGUACUGGAAUGCAAAUAAGAAUUCAUCAGAUAGGACCUGGAAUGGUUCAGCAAAUUCAGUCUGUGUGCAUGGAGUGCCAGGGCCAUGGGGAACGGAUCGGUCCUAAAGAUAGAUGUAAAAGCUGCAAUGGAAGGAAGAUAGUUCGAGAGAAGAAGAUUCUGGAAGUUCAUAUUGACAAAGGCAUGAAAGAUGGACAGAAGAUAACAUUCCAUGGUGAAGGAGACCAAGAGCCAGGACUAGAACCAGGAGAUAUUAUCAUUGUAUUAGAUCAGAAGGACCAUGCUGUUUUUACUCAACAUGGAGAAGACCUUUUCAUGUGUAUGGACAUACAGCUGGUGGAAGCAUUAUGUGGCUUCCAGAAGCCAAUAUCUACUCUUGAUAAUCGAACCAUAGUCAUCACCACCUCAUCCGGUCAGGUUGUCAAGCAUGGAGAUAUAAAGUGUGUGCUAAAUGAAGGUAUGCCAAUUUAUCGUAGACCAUAUGAAAAGGGUCGCCUAAUUGUCGAGUUUAAGAUAAACUUUCCUGAAAAUGGCUUUCUGUCUCCUGACAAACUCUCUUUGCUGGAAAAACUCCCACCUGAGAGGAAGGAAGUGGAAGAGACUGAUGAAAUGGAUCAGGUAGAACUGGUGGACUUUGAUCCAAAUCAGGAAAGACGGCGCCAUUAUAAUGGAGAAGCAUAUGAGGAUGAUGAACAUUAUCCCAGAGGUGGUGUUCAGUGUCAAACCUCUUAAUGGGGCUAGUGAAUAACACUCACUGCAGG